GGGAGGAAGAGGAAAGGGGGGGGAAGAAAAAGAGAGAGAGGGAGAAAAUCCUCCGUCGCCCCCUCCCCCUCCCUAAAAAAAAAAAAAAAAUUAGCAAGAGCGAGAGGAGGGGGGCUCACGGCGAAAAAUAAAUAAAAUAAAGAAAACGGCAGGAGCGGCUGCAGCCGGCAGCAGCGGCGGCAGCAGGGCAGCGGCGGCGGCGGCAGCCGAGGCGGAGGCAGGCGGCAGGCAGGGUCCCCUCGCUCCCCGCUCGCCCCCGGCGCCCGGCCGGCCGCCCCCCGCCCGCCCCCCGCCUCUCUCUCCGGCAGCCCGCAGCGAGACGCGCCGCUCCCCAGCACUUUUUUGGGCCCGAGAUAUGGCAAUGGUAGUUAGCAGCUGGCGAGAUCCGCAGGAAGACGUGGCCGGGGGCACCCCGAGCGGCCCCAACCCCGCCGCGGCGCAGCCGGCCCGGGAGCAGCCGCCCCAGCAGCAGGGGGGCUCGGCCGCCCCGCACACCCCGCAGACCCCCAGCCAGCCGGGACCCCCCUCCACGCCGGGGACGGCCGGGGACAAGGGAGCGGGCCAGCAGGGCUCGGGGCAGAGCCAGCAGCACAUCGAGUGUGUGGUGUGCGGGGACAAGUCCAGCGGCAAGCACUACGGCCAGUUCACCUGCGAGGGCUGCAAAAGUUUCUUCAAGAGGAGCGUCCGAAGGAACUUAACUUACACAUGCCGCGCCAACAGGAACUGUCCCAUCGACCAGCACCACCGCAACCAGUGCCAGUACUGCCGCCUCAAGAAGUGCCUCAAAGUGGGCAUGAGGCGGGAAGCGGUUCAGCGAGGAAGGAUGCCGCCCACCCAGCCCAACCCCGGCCAGUACGCCCUGACCAACGGCGACCCCCUGAACGGCCACUGCUAUCUCUCGGGAUACAUCUCCCUGCUGCUGCGGGCCGAGCCCUACCCCACCUCCCGCUACGGCAGCCAGUGCAUGCAACCCAACAACAUCAUGGGCAUCGAGAACAUCUGCGAGCUGGCCGCCCGCCUGCUCUUCAGCGCCGUCGAGUGGGCCCGCAACAUCCCCUUCUUCCCCGACCUGCAGAUCACCGACCAGGUGGCCCUGCUCCGCCUCACCUGGAGCGAGCUUUUCGUCCUCAACGCUGCUCAGUGCUCCAUGCCCCUCCAUGUGGCACCUCUCCUGGCCGCCGCCGGCCUCCACGCCUCUCCCAUGUCGGCCGACCGCGUCGUCGCCUUCAUGGACCACAUCCGCAUCUUCCAGGAGCAGGUGGAGAAGCUGAAGGCGCUGCACGUCGAUUCGGCCGAGUACAGCUGCCUGAAAGCCAUCGUCCUCUUCACCUCAGACGCCUGCGGCCUGUCGGAUGCUGCUCACAUCGAGAGCCUGCAAGAGAAGUCCCAGUGCGCGCUGGAGGAGUACGUGCGGAGCCAGUACCCCAACCAGCCCAGCCGCUUCGGGAAGCUGCUGCUGCGGCUGCCCUCCCUGCGCACCGUCUCCUCCUCCGUCAUCGAGCAGCUCUUCUUCGUCCGCUUGGUAGGUAAAACCCCCAUCGAAACCCUCAUCAGGGAUAUGCUACUGUCGGGGAGCAGCUUCAACUGGCCUUACAUGUCCAUCCAGUGCUCCUAGAGCCCGGCCCGCACCCCCGGCAGAGACGCGGCUGAGCGGCGGAGGCGGGAGCGAUCGCACCGAGGGGCAUUCGGGGUGCAGGGGGGGCCCGGGAGGCGGACACUGAACAAAAGAAAGGGCCGAGUAGGAGCAGAGGUGUGGCCGUGGUGUGGGGAGAAGGACGGACCUCGCGUCCGUGGAGGUUGUGGUGUUUCGCUUUUUUUUAUUUUGUUUUUUUUUUUUUUUUUGGAGUUUUGUUUUUUUUUCCCGGAGAGGAGGAAAAAAAUAAUAUUAAAAAAAGAGGCAAAAAGCAAAAAAAAAAAAAAAAAAAAGAAAAACCACAAAAAAAUAUGAGUAUUGAGGGGAUAUUAAUCAAACCUGAAGGGGAUACUGGAUCUUCCAGGAUUUAUUGUGGACUGUUGUUGAUAUAUGCUGUACAGUAACAAACAAAAACAACGCGUUGAAACUGAACUGAACCUUGUGUAGAAUGAAAAUCAACCGAGCAAACAAACAAAAACAAACAAACAAACAAAAAAUCCACACGCAAACACUUACCACAAGCAUUGUUACUCAUUUUGUAAAAUAUUAGUCUUUAUUUUCAUCUUUUGUAAAACUUAAAACAUCGUAUGCGCAUAAAGAAAAGAAAAAAAAAAAGAAACAAGAAUUAGGGGAAAAUAACAUUUUCCAAAUAAUUAUAAAAAGAAUUGUCCUGUGUCUAUGUAUCUAUAUCUGUUUUGUAUUUUUUUCUGGUUCCAAACCAGGUUUCCUGUGAUUCUAUACUAAUAAUUUUUGAUAUAACCCUUUGCUUCUUAUAAUGAGUGCGAUAUAUGUUGUCGAAGCUGUUCUUCAAGAAUUAAAAUUGAAGUGAGAAUUUAAACAAAAAUAAAAGAAUUUAGCAAAAAAAAUCAACUUAUCACCCCACAACCCAUGAGUCUUGUUGCUUGAAACAUGCCAACAGUUCACAAAAAAAAAAAAAAUCAAUAAAAACCAACAACAACAAACCAACCUAAACAAACAAACCAACAACAACAGAAAUCUCCCUGGAUUUUUAACUCCUGAACUGGUGUUUAAAAGGGAGAACUUAAAAAAUACUCGUGUGGGGUAACCAAGUCACGUGAAACACGUGAUGUUCCAAAGUGGACUUGACUGUCUAAGUCUAGGGCUGAGCUGUCGAGGCCUAGGAAGACGGAGCAGGAGGCGCGACGCCAUGCCGUCGAUAACCUUGCCUCUGCUGGGACUGCAAGGCAAACCCUUCACCAAGGCCCACGGGCCCAUCACGCUGGCCUACCCUCUUUGGAAAGACCUUUUCCCAUCAGCUGGAGUUCCUCCUGAGUUCACACCUUGCUGCUUGCUCGCAGACACCGUGGUCAUGGAUUGAAGUCACCGUAUGCCCCGCAUCGCUGCGCCUGCAGUGGGAGGCAUACUGUAGCCAUGGCUUCUGCUUGCUGCAGGCACGGUGGCUUUCUGCUUUUGGGGGCUUGGGGUGGGGUUUGGGUGGGUUGGGUUGGUUUUUUUGCUUCUUUUCUCUUCUUUUCCACCCCAAGGACUCGCCAACCCUGGUAUGCGCUCUCGCUUGCAUGCCUUGCGCUCGCUGUCAGCCGAAACAUCCCCUCUCCCUCUUUCUUCUGGCUCCAGUCGCUGUGCGUGGAGGGAGGAUAUUCCCAGCCUAUUAAUAUAGAAAUCCAACUGGAUGCUUGCUCGUUGGGUGGCGAGACAGGGCAUUUUGUGAGCGCUCGUGUGCCACAGCCAUGCACAAAACAUGGGCCCGUGGCCCCCCACACCAUGGCCGCCCACCCCAGGGGCCCAAGCUCAGUGCCGAAAGGCCCGCUUCGUUUCGUCUCGUCUUUUUUUGCAAAGAAAAUUAAAAAUCGUUUCUGUAAUGGAGCUCCUUUGAAGGUAAAGGCUUCACAAUGCUUCUAGCUGGUGGUGCAGAUCUCUGUAACAGCUUUCAGUGCAUUAAUGUUUUAUAGGAUCUGAGACGGAGCUGUAAGAACACAUACUACCAAGGGAGCUCUUUCUUAACGUAUUAAUAAAGCUGGAUCUUUAAAAAUAACAUUCCCCCCCUCAUGCAGACACCUCCUGUGCCCUCCAAACAAGCCCGGAUGAGGCAGGCUUUUCAGUUUGUGGAGUCAUGGGCAAUGUUUUCCUUUUAAUUUGCUGUCCUCCAUACUCUCCUUCUCUCCCUCGCUCUCUCUCUCUUUUUUUUUUUUUUUUUUUUUUUUUUU